AUGACGGAGGUUUCGUCCACUCGUCUUUAUCUCGGGAAUCUUCCCCGCAACGUGACCAAACAGGACAUCGAGGAACAUUUUAGCAGCCAUGGCUCUGGCAAGAUCACAGAGAUUAAGCUGAUGAAUGGAUUCGGGUUCAUCGAGUAUGAGGAUGCUAUGGAUGCCAGAGAUGUUGUUCCAGACGGUAGUGAUUUCAAAGGCGAGCGACUUACAGUGCAGUUCGCGCGCGGACCACGUCGCAAGGAGAACUUUCCUGGUCCAAUGGAUCGUCCCAAUAUGCCUCGUCCUCGCCGUACAGUCUUUCGCAUGUUAAUUUCUGGCCUUCCGGAAACCAGCUGGCAGGACCUGAAAGAUUUCGCCCGUCAAUCUGGCCUUGACGUUGUAUAUUCGGAAACCGGUCGCGAACCUGGGAGAGGAUUCGUUGAGUUCGAGACUGCGGCGGACUUGAAAACAGCCGUUGACAAACUCGAUGGACGAGACUUUAAGGGCUCCCGAGUGAGCUGUAUCGCCGAUAUCCAGUCACACGACGAUCGUGCUCUCCGUGAUCCAUACCGGUCGCGUUCACCCCGUCGCAGCUACCCUCCCAUGGAAGAGUACGACAGGAGAUUCCCCGCCCCUCGCGGUUACAGCCCCCGCCAUUACCGGGAACGCUCGCCUGUACCAGUGCGCCGGGAAUACUAUGAGCGUGAUGGUUACGGCCGUCGUUCCCCUCCCCGGCCUCGGAUGGAAGACUAUCCUCCACGGCGUCCGUACGAUGAUCCUUAUGAAGCGCGACCACCUCCACCUCCUCGUCACUACGAUGACCCAUAUAUGGCCCCUAGACCAUACGGACGCCCUCGGAGCCCACCUAGGGGGGAAUAUCCCCCGUAUGAUCGCCGCGGAUACUGGUAG